UCGCGGCCACACGAUCGCCCCCCGCAGCAGGGAGCUGGUGAGCUACCCCAAACUGAAGCUGAAGAUCAUGAUCAGGGAUAAGCUCGUCCGUGACGGCAUCCACCUGAGCAAGCCCCCGUACUCCCGCAAGGUAUUAUUAUGCCGCUCCCUUCAAGAAGUAAUUUGCGUGCUGUUUAUUGGAGCUUUGAAUUUAAUCAUCUCAAUCCCACGCUAUUGCAGGAUGACUAUAAGAAGAUGUAUUGACAUUUCUUUGGACACAUUAUUUUGCCUCCAUUGUGUGUUGUUUUGCCAGAAUACUGAAGGCAAUGUUUGUACGAUGGCACAUCCAAAUAAAAAGCAUGUCCUCCUUUUGGGAUAGUGA